UCUUGGCCCUUGGGCACUCUGAACACCCACGUCAGCACAGGCUUUUUUUCCCCCUCUCAACAAACGGGUUUCGGUCUUUAGGGCUGAGCAGGAAGUGGAUGUUUACCCAGAUCGGGGAAGCCACGACAAUUUAGUUAAAGUGUCCAGAAAUGGAGAUGGUUUGUGAAAUUGGGACAAACAGACCAAUGCGACCUUCGGCAGAGCCAGGUCGCCAGCAUCCUCACAGAUGGUCCAGUGCAGACAUAACAUCAAGCCAUCAGAGCUGCCUGCUGAAGCAGCUGGACCAGCAGCGCCGACAAGAUCUCUUUUGCGACUGCAACGUGCUGGUUGAGGGCCACCUUUUCAAGGCUCAUCGCAAUGUGCUCUUCGGCAGCAGUGGUUAUUUCCGUAUGCUGCUCACCCAGGGAGCUAAAGACUGCGCCGAGCCAGCAAGCGCUUCGUUCGACGUCUUCAGCCCAGAGACCUUCACUGUAAUCCUGGACUUCGUCUACUCGGGACACCUGGAGCUCACGAGCAGUAAUGUCAUCGAAGUGAUGUCAGCAGCCAGCUACCUGCAAAUGAACGACGUCAUUGCCUACUGCAAGGACUUCAUCAAGUCCUCGCUGGAGAUUAGCGCCAAGGAAGAUGACGACCGGUACCUCUGCCUGUCAGAUAACAGCAUGGGCCAUGAGCGCAGUGGUGAUGUGGACCAGGCUGGACCUUGCUCCCUCAAUGGUCAGCCCACAAUUUGGGCCGAGGAUGACGUGCAAUCGAAGGACUAUCAGGUGGACAUCAGCCCAGAGGUCACCCUCCUGCCGCCAAGCCCAGCCCAGCAUCCGAGAAUGGUGAAAACAGAGCUGGAACCAGACCAAGACAUGCAGCUAGAGUUUACCACCCUUGUCCCAGAGCGCAGAAGGAGGGGAUCCAAGAGGAAAGCCAGCGGAGGACGCCCGGUUGCCAGUGACAACUCCUCAGUUGACCUCCAGAUGGCAGCCUCACACAGCGCACAGAAAGCAGAUGAACUGUAUGCCACCCUACCUACCAUUGUUGGAGUUGUGGGAGUCUUCAAUAAAGUAGACUCAAACCCCACCAUGCGUUUCAAGUGCCCUUUCUGCACACACACUGUGAAAAGGAAGGCUGACCUGAAGAGACAUCUCCGUUGUCAUACGGGCGAACGCCCCUACCCCUGCCAGGCGUGUAACAAGCGCUUCACUCGGCUAGAGCACCUGCGCAGCCAUUUUGAGACGAUCCAUCAGGCGCGUAAGCUGGUGUGCCGUAAAUGCAAGCGCCACGUGACCGAGCUGAGCGGGAGGGUGGUGUGCGAGGGCACGCGGUGCUAUCGGCUGUGUGGCGUCUGUAUCCAGGAGACAAGUUACGCCGGCAUGACUGUGGAGGGGGAGGGGGAGGUGGGCCAGCAGCAGGAGGAGCAUGCGGCCACAGAGGAGCCAGAGCUGUUGCUGGGGGUGGACGAGGCCGAAGCCGACGGGGAGAACCAGGACCCCAGCUGGGUCAUCACAGAUGACGACGACCUGGCCGAGGACUCGGGUGCCGACCUGAUAAUCCAGGAGGUGGACGACAGUGAUGAGGAGCUGAAUGAAAAGCAGGACUGAUUGCAAUGCUGAGAUACUGAGGCUGAAUAUGGGCGAGGACUGAGAAAGAUCUGAAUAUGAUUCUAAGUUUCAAGGGGAGAGAGUAGUUGAAAA